GUGUUUACUUGUAUCAUGAUAUCAACCUUCAGUCGCACGCCCGAGGUCCGGAGGACAAGUAUCUGGUUCGUAGCUAAUCUCUUUGGCUUCAAGCAGUUGGGAUCUUCGAUUGAGUUGUGAUGCUUCCAGUAAUCUUGGUGGUAGCAGGAAUUCUGCUGAAUUCCAUGUCUACCAAUGCUUAUAAUAGAAAGACUUUUACAGCUGCUGUGUACGAACAUUCCUUGAUUUUCCCACCAAAUCGUUCCACUGUGGCAUCAAGACAUAAUGCCUUAGCUGAUGUGAUGGUAAAUCUGCGGAUUUACGACCAACAGGCUAAAUUUGCUGCUUCUCAGGAUGUAGAUAUUUUAGUGUUUCCAGAAGAUGGUCUCUAUGGUUACACAUUUAAUAGGGAUUCAAUCAAACAUUACUUGGAAGAAAUCCCGGACCCUAAAAGUGAAGUGUGGAACCCUUGCACCCAACCCAAUCGAUAUUCAAAGACGGAAAUACAGGUCUACCUGAGUUGCAUGGCUCUCAACAAUUCCAUGUAUAUCGUCGCUAACAUGGGCAACAAACAAAGAUGCACAAGAAGAACAGAUUCCAACUGCCCCUCCGACGGACAAUACCAGUACAACACAAACGUUGUUUAUGCUCCAAAUGGACGACUCAUCGCAAGAUAUCACAAACAAAACUUAUUCUACGAAUAUCAGUUUGACCGACCGCGAUCAGUAAAUUAUGCGUUUUUUGAAACACCAUUUGGAAGAUUUGGUACCUUUACCUGUUUCGAUAUCUUGUUUGAGGAACCUGCGAUAACUCUUAUAGAACGCUAUAAUGUUAGUAACAUCGUUUUUCCCACGGCCUGGAUGGAUGCUCUCCCUUUGUUAUCUGCCAUUCAAUUUCACUCUGCGUUUGCGCAGGGGAUGGGUGUGAACUUCCUGGCGGCAAAUAUCCACGUGCCAAACAAAAGAUUCCAUGGAAGUGGAAUCUAUACACCAGACGGACCAAAGAAGUUUUAUUAUAACGAUGUUGGCUAUGGUGGAGGAAAAUUAAUUAUCUCGCAACUUAAUGUCAUCGAAAAUAGACACCAACAUGUAGCUUACAACAAGGUACAGCGACCCUCUUCUGAGCAAAAAACAUUCCACUCGUACGUCUUCUACGAUAAGUUCACAUUUGUUGAGUUGCAGAGGUCCUCCGGUGUUCUGUCCGUCUGCAACAAUAGAUUAUGUUGCCACCUUGAGUAUGCCAUUAAUAAAGACAACAGCGAUAUGUAUGCGUUUGGUGCGUUUGACGGUUUGCACACACAUGAAGGACAAUAUUAUCUGCAGAUCUGCACAUUAUUGCGAUGCGCCAACAAAACCAGAUCCAGUUGCGGCCAACCAACCAAACAAGCUUAUUCUGAAUUUAAUGACAUUAAAAUCUACGGAACGUUCCAGACCAACUACGUUUUCCCGGAAGUAUUGAAGAGUCGAAAAAGGGACGGACAACUCAAUUUAGCGACGAACGGCUGGAAAUACAACAACGGCGUCUUAAGGGCGACUCGCAAAACCACCCACCCAGUUCUCUCUGUUUCCUUAUUUGGUAGGAUCUAUUCACGAGACAAACUUCCUCCCGGAUAUCAUUUUACCGGAAGCGGGUCCAAAUCUUUAUCUUCCAGUCUUUAUGUAUCGCUUCUUACGCCUGCUUUACUGCUAGCAGUUUACGGAAGUAGUAUCGCUUGUGGAUUAUUUACUAGAAUGAACAAUUAGACUUUACAAAGAUUCAAAAUAUUUUUUGAAAAUCUUUGUUUCGUCAUAGGUCCUGCCAUAUUAAAUAAAUAAUCAAUCAUUUUAAAACAAAAAGGAAUAGACAUCAAUCAAGAAGUGGGCCUACAUAUAGGCCUAAUAUAAAUACGAGAGCAAAGUAAAUUACGAUACAAAGCACAUAGGUACACACGAAACGCAUUUAGUCUAUCAAGAAAUGUGUUGCGAAAUCCAGGAACCUGUUAUGUUCUCACCAACUGAAAUCAUUAUGAAGUAAUAUGCUAUUUUAAGAGAAAAAAUCUCAUCCAUUGGAAUUUAUGUACGUUCAAUGUUGACCUGAAAAAAAGCAUCAUCAUUUUAUUUUUACAAGACGUUGCUAAAGAUUUACUUCUAAUAUGUUAAUAAAUUCCUUUAAAUUAAUCACUUUUUUUGUGACAAAUAUUUGUAAAUGAUUAUCAAAUUUACCAUUAUAUUUUUGUAACAAUUCAUAACUAAUAUACAUGUUUAACUAUUAUACGUGAUUUAAACAACAUUAAUUGAUAUCGUUUUGAAUUACUUAUAAUCAUUAAUUGAAAUUUAGAUUUUGCCAAGGAUAAGAGUAAGAUUGUCUAUGUGAAUAUUAUUGAGUCACGCAUGAGGUGUCGCUUCACUUUACCUUUUGUUAGAACUAAUUUCUGAUCCCGAGUUCACAAAGCAUUCUCAGACUUAAGUUAAGUAUGUACUCAGACUUAAGUUAAGUAUGUACUCAGACUUAAGUUAAGUAUGUACUCCACUUUCAAUCACUGUUGAUGAGAAACAUCUUUGUUCUAGAAAACAAAACUUUGCAUAUAGUUUCUUAUUGGUGUAUUUGAUACAUUAAAACAACAAAAAAUUUAUAGAGGGCUAUAUUUUAUUUAAAUAAGGCGAACAAAUUUGAGAAAAUCAUAACUUAAGUCUCAGAAUGCUUUGUGAACUCGUGACCUGGCUUUACAACGUGAGGGUCAUUCUGUUGAAACUAACUGCAUUCAAUUUGGGGGUUUUAAUAAGCAGAUCAUCCUGAAUGGCAAGUCAGGAAAUGAUGUACAGGUCGUGCAAAUCUUUGCAUUUGAUUUUACAUAUUGUUUUUGUCUGAUAACCCUUUCCUUGGAAUGCUACCAAGUAUUAAGGGGGUGGAAACUAAGUAAAAUCGAUAAUAUGAAAUGUUGUAUGGAUGGUAUAUGUAUAUAUAGUACCGGUGGACCAAACGUCGUUUUUCAUUAAUUUAUUGUGUUUUCUACACUAAACACCUAAACAGCAGGGGAGCACUAUAUAAACCCGAUGACAUCUUUUAUUUUUGUAUUCCAACACUGAAAAGAAUUUAAAGGUUACAAAAUCCGAAGCAGUGGAUCACUAUAUAAAACCGAUGACAUCUUUUAUUUUUGUACUUCAACACUGAAAAGAAUUUAAAGGUGUCAAAAUCCGAAGCAAAAUCUUUAUUUAAUUAGUAUAGUGUUUGAUAUAGAAUAUAGCCAAUUUAAAGUGUUUAUUUGUAAAGGGAAGCUAGGUUUGUUUGUUUUAAUAUAUUACUGUCGGUGUUGAUAGAAAUAUAAACAAUACUUAAUGUUGUUUAUAGAUUAUUGUAUGAAUAAUGUGUUAGUUCACAUUAUGACAACCUUAUAGUAAUAUCUUAAGGUAAAUUAACCCCUUCGAAGCCUAUAGUCAUGUAGAUUACUUAAAUUAGUUUGCCUAAGGUAUAUUAGUUUUUUUUGUAAACAAAAUUUGAUAUGGACACCUUUGAACUACAUUUGUAUCAUUUGUAUCAAUUUUCUUUUAUGUUAAUAAUAUAUUUAUUAAAAAAACAA